GGAUCACAUAAGCCUAGGAGGUCGAGGCUGCAGUGAGGUCUGAUCGCGCCACUGCACUCCAGCCUGGACAACUGAGCAUGACCCUUCCUCAGAGCUAAUGGCACUUCAUAAUUCUGCAGUCCAAGGAAGCUUCUGGGGUCGCGAGGCGGAGAACCGCCGGGAGGCUGGAGUCCAAACGGCCUCCUGUGGCAGACGGUAAAGGCGCCGGAACUACAGCUACCUCCGCGGCGCCGUUUCGGCCGCCAUAUCUGGGUGCACGGGAACUCGCAGAGGACAAACUCCCACGCGCGUUUUCGAUUUCUGCGCUUUUCUCGAGUGAGGCAAGACUUAGCAGAGGCCCAAGGUAGAGCGCGGCUAGGAUUCGAUAGAGGGGAAUACAAAGGAUAGCCUUAGGAGGGUGACGGGCAAGGACCCCGUCCCUCCCUGCCAGGAGCAGCCUCAUGCGGACCGAGCCAUUGCGCGGGGCGUCCCCUCUGCUGGUGCCCGGCGACCCCUACUCCGUGGUGGUUCUGCUGCAGGGCUACGCGGAGCCCGAGGGGGUGGGCGACGCCGUGCGCGCCGACGGCUCCGUAACCCUGGUCCUACCCCAGACCCGGGGCCCGGCCUCCAGCCACCGAAAGUCCCCGUGCAGGAGUGGCGGCGCAGAGGCCGCCCUGGAGGAGGCGGCCUGUGGCCCCAUCCUGGUGGACACCGGGGGCCCCUGGGCUCGGGAGGCGCUGCUGAGGGCGCUGGCGGGGCAGGGCGUGGCCCCGGGAGACGUGACGCUGGUUGUGGGGACCCAUGGGCACUCAGAUCACAUCGGGAACUUGGGGCUGUUCCCAGGCGCGGCUCUGCUGGUCUCACACGACUUCUGCCUCCCCGGAGGCCGCUACCUGCCCCACGGGCUGGGUGAGGGGCAGCCCCUGCGCCUGGGCCCGGGGCUUGAGGUGUGGGCCACGCCGGGCCACGGGGGCCAGCGCGACGUGAGCGUGGUGGUGGCCGGCACGGCUCUGGGUACCGUAGUGGUGGCGGGAGAUGUGUUUGAGCGAGAUGGGGACGAGGAUUCGUGGCAGGCGCUGAGUGAAGACCCCGCAGCCCAGGAGCGGAGCCGGAAGAGAGUCCUGGUCGUUGCCGACGUGGUCGUACCUGGUCACGGGCCCCCCUUUCGAGUGCUCAGGGAAGCCGCGCAGACCGAGACGGAGGGUGGAGGGAACAGCGAGCAGGAGCCGGUGGUCGGAGAGAGGAGCCCGCCCCGCACUGAUCAGCCCAGAGAGGGACUGGACUCUUGUAAGCCCUAACUGCCAGGAGUUGCUGGAGACAAAGAGCAGUCAAGGGUGAGAGCUUCCAGCCCUUCCAGGAGGCUAGUUUUCCAGUGAGGACAGAGUGCACCUGACACUGCCAUCACAUCGUCAGUAUCAUUGCCUAUCUCUGCCACCAAACUAAGAUCAAAGGACGAGCUCAGCUCCCUGUGCAUUCUCCCUGGGCCUCAGUAAAAUGGGGGAAGGUUCCUGGGAGAGGUCUCCAAAAUAAAAAUGGAAACUGCAUUGAAAAUCA